AAUAAUAAGUAUUAUGUAUUAUAUUAUACAUCACAUUUCCCUUCUUGAGAUAACUAUUUACUACUUGGAAUAUACAGCUAUACUUAACCUACUUGUUGGUACUGGUGGUAAGCGUAUAUCAGAGGGAUCGCACUCAAGUGAGUUUUUAAAGUUUUCCAAUUUUUUCCUCGGAGAGUAAAAAUAUUCAAUGAAAUAAAAUAUCACGCUAAAAACACAGAUCGCGCUCGCUAUUGAUCGAUAUUGUAUAUUUUCUAUUACGUUACGCAGCGGCAAGUGCGAUUGUGUAGUGUGCUUCGCAACCAGUCCGAGCGAUGACUCGGCCGAUGUAUCAAGACGCCGCCGCCGCCGCCGCUGUUUCACGAAGGACUAUGGUGCUGCUACUUUUGCUGUUUACGUUCUCCUUGUCGUCGUUUACAUUGGUCACUGCCGAGUGCCCGGACAAAUGCAGGUGUGAUGAAGCUUAUAUCAACUGCAAUUUCGAGGAACUGGAUCGGAUUCCCGAACGCAUACCUCCGGAUACCAAAGUGCUAAGGUUGAGCGGCAAUUUAAUAAGUAAUUUGAAAAAUGGUGCAUUUGCAAGCCUUUCAAAGAUUCAUAAAUUAUUCUUGAGUGGAAAUGAAAUUGAUAACAUCGAUACUGGGUGUUUUAAUAAUUUAACGAGUUUGGAGAACUUAAACUUGGAUCACAACAAAAUCCAUAAUCUAGAUUUUUUACAAUCUAAGGGAUUAGCAAGACUGAAUAUACUAACUUUGGACUACAAUGAAAUAAGUAAUUUGAAAAACGGUGUAUUUGAAAACCUUUCGAAGCUUCAGUCAUUAUCAUUGGUUAAAAAUAAAAUUGAAAACAUCGAAUCUGGGGUUUUUAAUAACUUAACGAGAUUGGAGUCCUUAUCCUUGGAACAGAACCAAAUCCAUAAGCUCGAUUUGGAAAUGUUUAAGGGACUUAUAAAGCUGGAUACAUUGGAUUUAAGCCAUAAUCUGAUAAGAAGCAUUCCACCAGGGAUAUUCGAUUCAUUAACGUCGUUGAGUCUUUUAACGUUGAACGACAAUGAAAUAAAUAAUUUGAAAAAUGGUGCAUUUGCAAACCUUUCAAAGCUUUGGAGAUUAUUCUUGAGUGGAAAUAAGAUCGAAGACAUCGAAUCUGGGGUUUUUAAUAACUUAACGAGUUUGAAAUACUUGUUCUUGGGUUCCAACAAAAUUCAUAAGCUUGAUUUGGAAAUGUUUAAGGGACUUAUAAAACUGGAUACACUGAAUUUAAGCCACAAUAUGAUAAGAAACAUUCCACCUGGGAUAUUCGAUUCAUCAGUGUCGUUGAGUCGUCUGAUACUUGACCAUAACCCGUUGACGUGUGAUUGCAAUAUUCUUUUGUUUGUAAACGCGCUGAAGAAAAAUUAUCCCAAGCUAGAUGUAUUCGGGGAUCACGACCCGUUGUGCUAUUUACCAGUAGAAAUGAGCGAAAAAUCGUUGAAAAAAUUAACCGAAAACGAUUUUCAUUGCACGCCUCCGGAUGUAAUCGUGGUACCAGAGAAGAAGACGGUGUUGGUCGGUGAAGAGUUACAACUCUCGUGCAAAGCCGUAGGGGACCCGGAACCUUUGAUAACGUGGGCCAAAGACGACAUUUAUCUAGAACUUGGCCAAAGAGUUCAGGUAUUUCAAAAUAAUACAUUGAUUAUACCUAAAGUGGAAAGAACGGACGGCGGUCAAUAUAAGUGCGUGGCGUCCAAUUAUCUUGGACGAAAAUCUUUCGAUGCGAUGGUUAACGUAAACGGUUUGGCGGAAAAUGGAUAAAAUACCAUGUUUGGAGUAAUACUAUUUUUUAUUUUUAUUAUUAUUAUAUUUGUGAUUUGUUUAUCUUAUACAAUCUUUUAUCGUUAUGUUUGUGCCUUGAUUAUUGUGUAAAAUGCAAUAUUGUAAAAUAUAAAAUGAAGUUACCAGAACUUGCAGAACCACAAUAUAUAGCAUAAUUUUUUUA